ACAAAAAUUUGUAUUCCUUUACUCAUAACCAAUUUGUCUUCUAACAGCAUCGGCAGUGAAUAACACUUGGCCUUGUACCAAUGGCGAAAGCAUACCGUUAAAUAAACUAUGCGAUGGUAACGUCGAUUGCAGAAAUGGACACGAUGAGAGUGUAAUGGCGUGCGUGAAGAAACUCUGUAAGAAUGAACACUAUCGUUGUGCCUAUGGAGCUUGCAUACGCGCCGAACUGAAAUGUAACAAGCAAGCCGAUUGUCACGAUCGCUCCGAUGAAACGGAGCUUCUGUGUGGCUCUGAUGAUGAGGUAUGGGCCCAAAUACAAGGAAGUUGCACCGAUGAAGAAUAUCAAUGUAGUUCGGGCGAAUGUAUUGAUGUAUUUGCCAUGUGCGAUGGCAGGCCGGAUUGCAGUGAUGCAUCUGACGAAACGGUAAGCGCAUGCGCACACAUUAUAUGCCCAGACUAUUCGUUUCGUUGCGGCUAUGGCGCAUGCAUAAGUGUCGAAGAAGUGUGCAACAAAAUUUGGGAUUGCGCAGAUGGUUCCGAUGAACUGUGUUCGGUGGAUGCAAAGCAGUACGAACUAGCAAAAGAUAAAGACGCAGAAACAACAACCAACUCGCAAACUUGUAGAAUACCUUUUGAGAAAUCGCAUUUGGAAGUAAGGCACGGUAACACGAAGAAAUUGCUGUCUUACUUUGAUAAAAUUUUGAAAAAUGAAACUGUAGAGUUCCGUUGCUCCACGGGCUUUGAAUUGAUUGGCGUGGACAGUUUGAAGUGUGUGAAUAAUAAUUGGUAUCGCCAGUGGCCCGAAUGUAAGGUUUCUGCUUCUUACAAGUUAAUGAGAAGCGCUUUCUCGGUAUGCUAUGAAAAUAGCGCACAUUGUGAUAACGGUGACUGCAUAGACCAAUCGGAUCUUUGUAACGGCCUAAAGGAUUGCACAGAUGGCUCCGAUGAGACACCGGCGCGUUGCUUCGGUCGCAAUUGUACCGAUAGCGAAUUUCAAUGCAAAUAUGGUGCGUGCAUUCCCAUAAAAUCCAUUUGUGAUAAACGCCAGCAUUGUGCGGACGGUUCAGAUGAAACGCGCCUGCUGUGCACUAAAGACGAAGAUGACUACUAUAGCAUACUGCAAGGCGGAUGCGACUAUGAAGACGAAGAACUCGCUGAAUGUCUUUCAGGAGAAUGCAUUCCACAAGCACAACUCUGCGAUGGUAUACCACACUGUAGCGAUCGCUCAGAUGAGACUUUACAAAUGUGCGCUCAUAUAAAAUGUCCCAAUACAGAUUUUAGCUGCGCUUACGGUGCUUGUAUACCGAGCAGUGCACAAUGCAAUGGUCGUGUAGACUGCGCCGAUGGUUCUGAUGAAAUGGCCGAAAUAUGUAGAUAUGUGGAAGCCGAGAGAGCGAAGCACGAGGAGGAAACCAAUUUUGAUGACAGCUAUGAGGCGAAUAUUGAUAAAAUAGAAGCAAUUGAAGAAGAUCGUGCUGUUCAGGCGAAGGAGGAGGCGAAGCAUGAUGAUACCGCUGACUCCGCAGAUAUUGACAAAAUUAGGAAAACAGCUCAAGAGAUUCUUUCGCCGACCAUUCUUACGGGUGUCGUAUACCGUCGUUGUACAAUACCAGUCGAUCGUGUGGCGCUGCGUGCCAUUCUUGCAGCGGAAAAUGCGACUUUGAAAGUGGGCAGUCAAGUGAAUAUCGGCGCUAUUGUUACUUUUAGUUGUGAUUACGCAUGGCAGUUGGUCGGCGGAGAAUCUGAGCUCUUGUGCUUGCCAGUUGGCGAGUGGUCUACAAUUGUGCCGAGAUGUGAAAAACGUUGCCCACCACAAUGGAGCGGAAUUUCAACUACUAUCAAAUGCACUUAUCACGAUGACACGGUGGAUUGUGGCACUUACCACAAGCCGGGCACUAAAGCAGUUUUACAAUGUGCUCAAGGUUAUGGCCCAAUCCUGCAGCGCGCAGAGCUUCGUUGUGGUGACGAUGGCGAAUGGGACGCACCCAAAUUUAAGUGUCAGCCGCAGUGUGCGAUAGCGUCAUCAGAAUCUGUAGAGCCUAAAAAGGAGAUGUCCGUUGACAUUUAUAAGUUAAGGGCAAAUGAAGGAAGGGCACAGUAUCUACGCUUCCAUUGGGCAUGUAAAGGAACCAUAAUAUCACCAAAACUAGUACUGACAUCUGCUUUAUGCUUUAGCUACAAUGACUUGCCAGGUAUUGCAGCCAACGAUCCAACUAUCUAUAGCAUUUUAACAGGCAGCACGGAAAUCGGGUCUUUUGGGCAAUAUGAGAAACGGCCCAACAGCCAUAACGUGUCGGAAAUUAUUUUAGCUAAUGGGUUUGAUGCUUCCGAUUUAGAACCCCCAGCAAUUGCUGUGCUAGUCGACUACUUCGUUAUCUUCCCCGCAGUGGUGAUGCCUAUUUGUAUGCAAUUUAAACGUUCCUGCUUGGAUAAAACAAAUAAGCAAUUCCCCGUCGACAGUUCGUCCGACAUGAAAGGUGUCGCAUUCUCAUCGGAUGGCUGUUUGGUCGUCAUCGGCCACAGCGAAUUGAUAUAUAUGGACAAGUAUCAACAGUGGCUCGAAAUACAAGUUUUUAGAUACAAAUAUUUGCUAUAGGUGGUCUUAAUUUGUAUGCAAUAAACGUCAAUAAAAAAUUUUACUUUUAAAGGUCAUUUUGAAAGGUCUGAUUGAAGGGAAAUUACCUUAACCUCAAAACCGACAAU